AUAUUUUUUUAUAAACAAUAAUCUGAACUCAUUUUCAAAGGAGACUGACUGUCUUUAUGAAAAUGUACAUGGCAGAAAUAUCUUGAACAUAUCUUUGGAACACUUCAUCGGACACAUGCUACCAAAUACAGAACCAAUCUCUUCGUAGACCCAGAGGUUUCAAACUGUGAGAUUGGAACUCGAACACUGCUGCUGGUGAUUGGAUGGGCCUUUAUUCAACUGCACGUCUGUGAUGUGAUAAUGCCAUUAUCCCAAACAAAUGAGUCAAACUAAUAUAGAAUAAACUUAAUAGUAAGUAGUAUUAUCCGAACAUCGUUCCAAAAAUGAAAACUCAAUAGAACUAACUUUAAACCUUUGUUGUAAAUUAAAAUAGCACUGUCAAACAUAAUUUGUCUUUGCUAACAUCGGAAAAUGCCAAUAGACACUCUCCACAGCUUCAAUUGAACCUUUAUUUACGAUUAUUAAUUAAAAAUAAUUAUAUUAACAUUGCUUGUCUUUAAUUUUAAGUAUCUGUGCGUAUAAUAACUAUAUAUGCUCCAUAACUCUCUAAUAUAUUAAGUGUAUAAUCUAUGUCCAUAACAUUUAAAAAAAAAUGAAAAGGUCUGUAGAGAAAAUUCCUUCGGUUACUGAUACAAGCAAUUUAUUUUCGCAUCGACGCUAUUUCAUUAACAAUUUAGAUUCAUAUCAAGGAGAGCAAAUUUUAAAAGCCGUUUCAAAAAUUUUGGAGCGUAAUGUACCAACGAAGGAACAAUCGGAAACGGUUCUGGGAGAAGACAUUGACACAGGAUCGCAAGUACCACCGGCAGAAAUUUAUGAAAUUAUAGGCACAGUAACGGAUUCCAAGAUUAAGACACUUGAUAAUGUAGCAAGAGUUAUAGAUAAAACAGAAGCUUUGCCUAAAAUGCUUACUUGCGGAACAGUUAUAAUUGAUAUCAGCUGUGACAAAGAUGAACAUAAAAUUGCCAAGGAUUAUCUUGCACUCCUGAAAGACUACUUGGAAACGCAAACGAAACCCGAUGUAGCAACUGACGACGAAACUGCUGAAGAUUCGAAAAAACGAUGUCUCCUUCUGAUUUCGACUGUUCUAACAUGGGGUUGCACAAAGCCAUUAGACCCAGAUACCCCAGAUUUACCUUUCUUAGAAAGUGAUUUCCGCAAAAGGAAGCCACAUCCUAAUUACAAAAUUCACUAUGACAUUGAAAAUGAUGUGAUUGCUAUUGCUAGAAAAUAUAAAUCCCAAAUCAGGGCUACAGUGAUUGCGUCUGGUAUAACUUACGGUGGUCGUGAGGAUGUGCUAUUUUAUUGGUUUCAAAAAGCUUGGGAAUGUGAACGUCUUUUACCAACAGUCGGACGUGGUGGCAAUAUAAUUCCCCUGAUUAAUAUUAUCGAUUUAGCACAAAUUGUGUAUAACUUGGUGACGGAUUUCCCCAAGAAACUCUACAUACUUGCUGUGGAACAAAACAUUUCCAAACAAAGAGAGAUUGUGAAAGCUUUAGGAAGAAUCGUUGGUUCGGGUAUGUUCACAUGCAUACCACCUGAAGAUGCUUUUUUAAUUCCCGAGAUAGACCAAAGAAUUUACGAUUCCAUAACACUAAAUUUGACAAUGGAGCCUACUUUUAUCGUUGAGACAAUGGGUCUUCAGUGGGUUUCGGAGCAAACAUUCGCAGAAAACGUUCCGAUGUUAAUGAAUCAAUUUAAAAAAGAGAGAGGUUUGAAAUCUUUCAAGGUCAUUGUUUACGGACCUCCGCUGGUUGGGAAGACGACUCUGUCAAACCUCAUAUGCGAAUCUUACGGAUUAUUGUAUAUUUCUCCAGAGACAAUAGUUCAGGAUACUAUAGAUGAUUUGACAUGGCGAGUAAACCAUUGGGAGAAAGGGGAAACCGCAGCUUUAGGCCCUAUAAUGGGUGAGGAGGCCGAACCAAGUGAAGUCGACGAUGAUUUUGGUGAGGAAGAGGGCUUUCAAGAAUCGGCGAAGCACACUUUGGCCAUGCUCCAGACUGGGCGCCCCCUCGACGAUGAAGAAAUUCUAGGAUACAUAAGACAACGAUUACUGUGCCGUGCGGCAACAAAUAGAGGAUGGGUACUUGAUGGUUUCCCGACCUCUCUAGGACAAUGUUCUUCAUUAUUUGAAAAAGGCGACGAACAAGAUUCAGAGACCGGGGAAGAGCGCAAUGAAGAUGAUUUUGAUGAAGAUAUUGAUUUGUACAGUAAUGUUUUGAAAAAGUUAUUACCAGAUAUUGUGGUAUCUCUGGAAGCAUCCGACGAUUUCAUCUGUGAAAAAGCCAUGCGGCAACCCGAAGGUGAUGAGCGUCUGGAUGAAGAAAUAGUUCUUAAAAGGUUAAAUGAAUUUCGAGCAGGAGACAUGAGAGAUAUAACUCCGCUGAAUUUUUUUGAUGAGCUUGACAUACACCCGCUUGUGGUGCCCGUGAAAGAACAUUGUGAUUAUGCUAUGAAAAGCAUAUAUACCACUGUGGCCCUCCGAAUGGGAAGGCCAUGUCUUUAUGGGAAACUUAUUGCCAUAGCAGAAGCUACGAAAAAAAGAGAGAAAGAGGAAUUAGAGACAUUAAGGUCUAAGGAAGCAAAACUGAUGAAAGAAAUGGAAAAUAAAAUGAGGACUGAUCGGGAGGAAAAAAUGGAAUAUUGGUCCGAACUGUACGCUUUGCUGCGUGAAGAGGAAGAAGCCGCUCUAGCUGCUGCCAGUGAACCGAUGAGGAACUAUUUAGUACAAUACAUAUUUCCUACUCUUACAAAAGGGUUAUUAGAAGUUGCCAAACUUCGCCCGAACGAUCCAAUAGAUUUUCUCGCCGAAUAUCUUUUUAAACAGAACCCCACUGGGAAAAUGUUGGAGCCCGGUUAUAACUUGCAAGCGGAAAAAUUAUUGGGUAAAAUAAAAAUCCUAGAUGAUGCUAUAAGGGAUCUGAACAUCCAAUUGGAGCCAUUACUGCCAGAUGAUGCGAAAGCGGACGAGGAAUCGACUUCAAAAAAGAAAAUAUAUAGCAUGACUGCAUUUUAAUUAUUAUUAAUAAAUUCUUGUUCAAAGGCUUUUAAAUGGUGUUUCAAUAAAAAGUGUUGCUGAA